AUGUCACCCAAAAAUAAUAAAACAAAAACAAGAGAAGAAAUAUUGGAACAGAAAAGACUUACUGAACGACUAAGGUAUGAAAGACUUAAAAAAGAUCCUAAAAAGAAAGAGGAAUUAAGAGAAAAAGUACGUCGCAAAUACCAAAUAAAGAAAGAAAAGGACACAAGAAAAUUAGUCAAAGAUAUGAAUCGUCGUGAACACAAUGCUGUAAAAAAAAAUUGGAAAGAGUAUUGUACAACCUAUCGUGCAAAGAAAAAAGCCUUGCAAGAAGUUACGAAUACUUUUAUUCGGGAAAAUACGCCUGAUUCAGAGUGUCUUGUCGCAGUCUCUCCGACGCCUGCAAGAUCUUCAAUAUAUUCAAUAAUCAACAUGAGAAAGAGUCGAGCCAAAAAGAAGCGCGAAAGAAUUAUAAGAGAAAAGGAUCGUAAGAUUAAUCAUUACAAAAAGAAAUUGGAAAAGUAUAGAAAGAGGUUACAGCGGUUGGAAAAAGCUAAUAUGAAAAAUAUCGUCGACACACCGAAAACAAAACUACAAAAAAUGUGUGAUGUUCCAGAGACUCGCAAAGAAGUCGUUAAAAAGGCGAUUUUUGGUUGA